GUGCACGCUGAUGGCGGACAGCAGCUACUUCAGACGCCCAGAGAGUCCCUCCCAGAGACGCCCGCACCGGGGCUGUAGCGCUGUCAUUUAGGCACAUGUUUUGGGAAGUAGAAGAAGGUUCCUUUUAGUAAUUUUUGUGGCGCGUUUCACUUUGAACGGGGUAAUAUGUGGGACCGGGGGAUAUUGGACUGUGAUAGACCGGACAGGAUUUAGACAGCGCGUGCGGCUCUGUAACUUAGUGACAGAAAUAACAAAAGCCCCAAAAGAAGACGCUGCCCGAGCCGAGGAUAUUAUUAUAGUCCUACUGUGGAUAUCUGCUCCGCCAGCAUGAAGUUUGCGGAGCACCUGUCUGCCCAUAUUACUCCAGAAUGGAGGAAACAAUAUAUUCAGUACGAGGCUUUCAAGGAGAUGCUCUAUGCCGCCCAGGACCAGGCCCCAUCCAUAGAAGUCACAGAUGAAGACACCGUCAAACGAUACUAUGCCAAGUUUGAGGAGAAGUUCUUUCAGACGUGUGAAAAGGAGCUUUCCAAGAUCAACACAUUCUAUUCAGAGAAACUGGCUGAGGCACAGCGCCGCUUUGCAACUUUGCAGAAUGAGCUGCAGACGUCUCUGGAUGCCCAGCGGGAGAGCAAUGCUCCAGGGCUCCGCAGUCGCCGCAAAACAGUGUUGCCUUUGUCCAACAAAGAGCGCAACAAACAUCGCAACAUCAAAGACCUGCAGCUGGCCUUCAGCGAGUUCUACCUCAGCCUCAUCCUCCUGCAGAACUACCAGAAUCUGAACUUCACUGGAUUCCGUAAGAUCCUGAAGAAACAUGACAAGAUUCUGGACACGCAGCGUGGAGCUGAUUGGCGUGUGGCUCAUGUGGAGGUGGCUCCAUUCUACACCUGUAAGAAGAUCACACAGCUCAUCUCUGAGACCGAGGCUCUGGUGACCACAGAGCUGGAAGGAGGUGACCGUCAGAAGGCCAUGAAGAGACUGAGAGUCCCACCUCUUGGAGCAGCACAGCCUGCACCUGCCUGGACCACCUUUCGUGUGGGACUUUAUUGUGGGGUCUUCAUUGUCCUGGCUGUCUCCUUCGUCCUUACUGGUGCUUUUUUCAUUCGUAAUCAGAACAUCUGGCCACUGGUACGCAUCUACCGUGGUGGUUUCCUGUUGAUUCAAUUUCUCUUCCUCUUGGGCAUUAACACUUAUGGUUGGAGGCAGGCGGGUGUCAAUCAUGUGCUGAUCUUUGAGCUGAACCCUCGAAACAAUCUUUCACAUCAACAUCUGUUUGAGAUCGCUGGGUUUUUGGGGGUGUUGUGGUGUCUCAGCAUCCUAUCCUGUCUGUUUGCGGACUACACUUGGGUCCCUAUGCAGGCGAACCCCCUGAUCCUCUACGGCUUUAUGGUGCUCUUCCUCAUCAACCCUUUCAAAACUGCUUACUACAAAUCCCGUUUCUGGCUCAUCAAACUUCUGUUCCGUGUGUUCACCGCCCCGUUCCACCGCGUGGAGUUUGCAGACUUCUGGCUGGCAGAUCAACUCAAUUCUCUGGUCAUUGUGCUGUCAGAUCUGGAGUACCUGGUCUGUUACUACAGCAUGGAGCUGCAGUGGGGAGAUCGCAGCGGCUUACUGCCCUCCACAUAUGGCGAUGAAAGGUGUAACAGCUAUUCUUAUGGAGUUCGGGCCAUCAUCCACUGUCUGCCUGCCUGGCUGCGGUUUGUUCAGUGUCUGCGACGUUACCGUGACACCAAGAGGGCCUUCCCUCACCUGGUGAAUGCUGGGAAAUACUCCACCACCUUCUUUGUGGUCACAUUUGCAGCCCUCUACAGAACUCAUAAAGAUCAGAAACACAAUGAUGCUGAGGUGUUUUUCUACAUGCUGAUCCUGUCUUCAGUCGUCAGUUCACUCUACACACUGAUCUGGGAUCUGAAGAUGGACUGGGGUCUUUUUGACCGCAAUGCAGGCGAGAAUACCUUCCUGAGAGAGGAGAUUGUUUACCCACAUAAAGCCUACUACUACUGUGCCAUUAUUGAAGAUGUGAUCCUGCGCUUCGCCUGGACACUGCAGAUCUCUCUGACUUCCAUGACUGCCAUUCCUUCCAUCGAGGACAUCGUGGUCACCAUUUUAGCUCCUCUGGAAGUGUUUAGACGUUUCGUGUGGAACUUCUUCCGUCUUGAGAAUGAGCAUUUGAAUAACUGCGGUGAGUUCCGAGCGGUGCGGGACAUCUCAGUGGCUCCUCUAAACGCUGAUGACCAGACCCUGCUGGAGCAGAUGAUGGACCAGGAGGAUGGAGUCCGGAACAGGCAGGGCAAAAAGAGCUGGAAACGGAGCUACAGCCUGUCCUUACGACGUCCCCUGCUAUCCUCACAGUCUAGAAAGAUACUAAGGUGCUCAUUGAGGAUACGGAUGAUGAGGCCUUCAGCUGAAACCCAGAUCUCGCUGUCACGCCGCUGUCUCUGCUUUCU